AUGACGCUGGAGAAGCUCCCGUGCGACGACGGCGAUGGCGGUGGCAAGAGACGGACGCUCGGGCUCGCCGUCGGAGUGCCCGUGGGUGUCGUCGCGGUGGUCGGCGCGGCCGUCCUGGCGUACGUGUGCGUGGUGGAGCGUCGGAAGGUGCACGGCGACGACGGCAACAGCAGCAGCGCCAUCACCGGCACCAUGAUCCGGAGCCUCGCCGGCGGGCCGCGGGAGUUCGAGUACCGCGAGAUCAGCAAGGCCACCAACAACUUCGACGAGAAGAUGAAGCUGGGGCAGGGCGGACUCAGUUUAGUCCCCGUUUAUGCAGUGAGCAAGAGACGCCGGUUGGCUGGGCUGGAGGGGCAGACCAUUGAUUCUGCUGUCCACGAAUGCAGAGUAGACUAUGAGCAAAUCAAGCACGGCGACAUUGGCAUGCCCGUCCACUCCGACGUCUUCUCCGCUGGUGGCCAUAUGUGGCGGAUUAACUUCUAUCCGUGUGGGGAAGAUGAGUCUGACCAAGCUAACUACCGGCAACUCAUUAUCCUCAUUGAGCUGGUGAGUGCAUCAUCUGGAGGCGUCAAUGCCAUGUUUGAGGCAUUCUUACUGCACAGGGAUGGCCAGCCACGUCCUGUGGCUGCAAGAACAUCUUACAUUCAAAGUGGCCUUCAUCUGUUCCAAAGUGACUAUCGUGAAUGCAUGAUGCACAAAAUUUUACAGACUGAUCUGGAGAGAGAGUACGUGACAGAUGGAUAUUUAACCUUUUUAUGUGUCGUCAUGGUUGUUUGUGACAGAUCUAUUCAUGUGCCGGCUUCAGACAUUGGAAAACAUUUUGGCUCACUGUUGGAUAGCUCAGACGGGACAGAUGUCUCGUUCGUCAUUGGAACUGAGACAUUCCAUGCACACUGA